AUGUUUGAAAUGUCUUUUCAGUCCCCGAAAUCUUGGAUUGAAGAGGUCUUCAGUAAAAGAGAAUGUGCACACAUCAUUCCUAGUUCCAAAGAUCCUCACAGGUGUCCUGCAGGAUGCCAGGUGUGCCAGAAUUUAAUCAGAUGUUGCUGUGGACGGCUGAUUGGAGAUCACCCAGAAGUAGACUGUAGCUGGCCUGUUUAUCAGACUGCCCCACAGAAAGAUUCUGGAGAAUGGUCUGUGCAAAAACACACGAAGAUGAGUCCGACAGAUGCAUUUGGUACAAUCAAUUUUCAGGAUGGAGAUCACACUUACCAUGCCAAGUAUAUUAGACUUUCUUAUGAUAGUAAUUUGGAUCAGCUGUUGCACCUCAUGGUUAAAGAAUGGCAGAUGGAGUUGCCAAAGCUAGUGAUCUCUGUUCAUGGAGGCAUUCAAAAUUUCAAGCUUCCCUCAAAGGUCAAGCAGGUUUUCAGCAAGGGAUUGGUAAAGGCUGCUGAGACUACAGGAGCAUGGAUAAUUACAGAAGGCAUCAACAGCGGAGUGUCCAGGCAUGUGGGCGAUGCACUGAAAGGCCGUGCUUCACCACACCUGAGAAAGAUCUGUGCUGUUGGAAUUCCUCCAUGGGGUAUCAUUGAAAACCAGAGGGAUCUCAUUGGAAAAGAUGUAGUUUGCCUGUACCAGACUCUUGGUAAUCCACUCAGCAAGCUAAGUACCCUCAACAGCAUGCAUUCUCAUUUUCUAAUGGCAGAUGAUGGGACAGUAGGCAAGUAUGGGAAUGAAAUGAUGCUCAGGAGGAAUUUGGAGAAGUACAUAUCACUUCAAAAAAUACACACAAGAAUGGGCCAAGGUGUACCUGUAGUUGGGCUGGUGGUGGAAGGAGGCCCCAAUGUGAUCCUAAUGGUGUGGGAGUACGUGAGGGCCAGCCCAGCUGUCCCUGUGGUGGUCUAUGACGGCACUGGCAGAGCUGCAGAUAUUCUGGCUUUUACCCACAAACACACGGGUGAUACAGGGGAGCUGCAACCUCAAGUGAAGGAGGAAGUCUUAGUGAUGAUUCAAAACACAUUUAGCUUGGGACAGAAGCAGUCCAGUCAUCUAUUUCAUGUUUUGAUGGAAUGCAUGGAGCACAGAGAGUCUAUAACCAUAUUUGAUGCGGAGUCAGAAGAUCAGCAGGACAUUGAUUUGACAAUUCUGACUGCACUCUUGAAAGGUACAAGUAUGCCUGCUUCAGAUCAGCUAGAUUUGGCAUUGGCCUGGAACCAGCUAGAUAUUGCCAAGAAACACAUACUGGUUUAUGGACAGCACUGGAAGGUUGGUGCCUUGGAAGAGGCAAUGCUUGAUGCUUUAGUGAUGGACCGUGUAGAUUUUGUGAAGCUGUUAAUAGAGCAUGGAGUGAACAUGCACCGUUUUCUUACCAUAUCUCGUUUAGAAGAACUCUACAAUACAAAACAAGGACCAUCAAAUCUACUUUUGCAUCACCUAGUUCGAGAUGUGAAACAGAAUACCCUUUCCUUGGAUUACAAGAUAUCACUGAUUGAUAUUGGGCUGGUGAUAGAGUACCUCCUUGGUGGAGCUUAUCGGAGCAGCUACACAAGGAAGCACUUCCGAAUUCUCUACAAUGAUCUCUACAGAAAACACAAGAGCUUGUCUCAUUCCCUUCAUCAGAGUAAUCAGACAGGUAGCAAAAUGGGAUCUGCUGAAAGUACUUUGCAUUCUCAAUUCUUCAGAACAGCACAACCUUACAAGUACAAGAUUUUUUUUUUUUUUUUUUUUUUUUCCACUGCUUUCCAUAAGUGUAAGAAGAAAUCAAAAGAGGAUAUAAACUUUGCGGAGAACUAUGAGUCAUCUGGCUUUGUCUACCCCUAUAAUGACCUCCUGGUUUGGGCAGUAUUAAUGAAAAGGCAGAAGAUGGCAAUGUUCUUCUGGCAGCAUGGAGAGGAAGCCAUGGUCAAAGCUGUUGUGGCCUGUAAACUCUACAGGGCGAUGGCACAUGAAGCUAAACAGAGCAACAUGGUGGAUGACACUUCAGAAGAACUCAAGAAGUACUCAAAGGAAUUUGGGCAGCUUGCCUUAGAUGUGCUAGAGAAAGCAUUCAAACAAAAUGAGCAGAUGGCCAUGAAGUUGCUGACUUAUGAACUGAAAAACUGGAGCAACUCAACUUGCUUAAAACUAGCAGUGUCUGUGGGGCUGCGGCCUUUUGUAUCCCAUACUUGCACGCAGAUGCUGCUGACUGAUAUGUGGAUGGGACGCCUGAAGAUGCGGAAGAACUCCUGGUUUAAGGUCAUUGUGAGUAUUCUCCUGCCUCCCACCAUCUUGAUGCUGGAGUUUAAAAGCAAGGCAGAAAUGUCUCAUGUGCCUCAGUCUCAAGAUUUCCACCAGUUCACAUGGUACCAUGGUGAUGAGAGCCCAACCAGCUCUAAAGAUGCCUUGUCUCUGAAGGAUUAUGAUGUGGAGAAGAUUGCUCAGAAAUCUGAUGAAAGCCGAGUAGACGGUGGACAAGGCAACCUGCCUGGCACUAGAAAAAUCUAUGAGUUCUACAACGCACCAAUUGUCAAGUUCUGGUUUCACACGAUGGCAUACAUGGCAUUUCUCAUGCUCUUCACUUACACUGUGUUGGUGAAGAUGGAACCAAGACCGAGUGUGCAAGAGUGGCUUGUUAUCAUUUAUAUUUUCAGCACUGCUGUUGAAAAAGUCAGGGAGGUGUUUAUCUCAGAACCUGGAAAAUUCUGCCAAAAAGUGAAGGUGUGGAUUUAUGAAUACUGGAAUUUUACUGAUUCUAUAGCUAUCAUCCUGUUUAUGAUUGGUUUUGGCUUGCGCUGGUCUGAUCCCCCUGUUCAAACUGCAGGGAGGCUACUUUACUGCUUGGAUAUAAUAUUUUGGUAUGCUCGGCUCCUGGAUCUUUUUGCUGUGAAUCAGCAUGCUGGCCCAUACCUGACAAUGAUUGGGAAAAUGACAGCAAACAUGUUCUAUAUUGUGGUCAUGAUGGCCAUAGUCCUGUUGAGUUUUGGAGUGUCACGAAAGGCAAUCCUUUCACCAGAAGAGCCUCCUUCUUGGACUCUGGCACGAGAUAUUGUAUUUCAGCCUUACUGGAUGAUGUUUGGUGAGGUGUAUGCUGGAGAAAUAGAUGUCUGUGAAACCAAUGAAGACUGUCCUCCUGGCUCCUUCCUCACGCCAUUCCUCCAAGCUGUCUACCUCUUUGUGCAGUACAUCAUAAUGGUCAAUUUGCUUAUUGCUUUCUUUAAUAAUGUUUAUUAUGAUUUGAAAGCCAUAUCGAACAAGCUCUGGAAGUACAACCGGUACCGCUACAUUAUGACCUAUCAUGAGAAGCCAUGGCUGCCUCCACCUUUCAUCCUCCUGAGCCACAUUGGACUUCUGAUAAACCGCAUCUUCCACCAUCAGCCUCCAAAUGAGUUGGAUCAAGAGGAAGGCGACGUUGGACUAAAGCUGUACCUGAGUGACGAGGAGUUAAAGAAGCUCCAUGACUUUGAGGAACAGUGUGUGGAAAAGUAUUUUCAUGAGAAGAAUGAAAGCCUGAGUUCCAGUGACAGUGAAAGGAUCCGUCUGACAACAGAAAGAGUGGAGGAAAUGUUUCUACAGCUUAAAGAAGUACAUGAGAAGGUCUUUUAUAUCAAGGAGUCUUUACUCUCCCUGGACAGCCAGCUAGGACAUUUGCAAGACCUGUCUGCCUUGACAGUGGACAUCCUGAAAGUGCUUUCAGCUGUAGACACCUUGCAAGUGAAAGAAGCCUUACUGGCUGACACAAAACAUCGAACUGAUAAGAAGCUGCCCCAUAGCUGGAGCAAUGUGCUCUAUUCCAAGACCUUGAGCAGCCUGGAGUGUUUGUAUGACAAGAAAUACCACUAUUACAGCAUGCCCCCCUCCCUCUUACGGAGCUUAGUAAGGAGUCAGUGGCCAUCAGAGUGCAAAGAUCAUGUAUUGAGGACCGAGAGUAGCAAGGUGGUAGAAGACAGCUCUCGAAAAAUAGAAAUAGAAAGUGACACACUCACUUCGGGAGUAUCCUCUGAGACUAAGUCAACCCCUAGAUAUGGACAAUUUUUGCUGGUGCCUCCUGACCAUCAGGGAGGGUCUUUCUCUGAGGAUGUCACUUUAAAUUUGUCCUUUUUGAGCACUCCUGCCAAGAAGAGGGACAAUGUGUUCAGAGAUGAACUGCAAAGUAGCAUUGCGGUGAAGCAAAACUUGGGGAAUGUCAGUCUCGUUGGAAAGGAGCCAGAAGAUUAUCAGUGGAGGAAGAGAGACUUUGUUAUUAAUUUGCCAUCACAAAAGACUAAUCCCAUAGAGGCUGCUCUUGGUCUCCAGUCAUCGCUAGGUAUUGAAGGGAGUGCAACAUCCUCCUGCAAUGAGAGAGAAGAAACUGAAGGUGGUUAUGUCAACUGGGGAUUCUCUGAAGGUGAUGAAAAAGGUCUUUUUGGCUCAGAAUCAAGGAAGGUGUCCCUAUGCAUACAUUCCACCAAUAACAGUGACUGCAAUUGCACAGUUAGUCCUCCCGAGCAUGUGCAUAUAGAAGAAUCAAAGUCCUCCUACAGCUCUGACAGGUCACGUCACAGCAGCAUCAUCUCUCGGAGCAAACUGAAACGCAGCACCUCCUUCUGGAUCAGCCCACUCUGGAGGGACUGGGGUUUCUGCAGGAACAACAGCUUACAGUCCUCUAAGAAAGAGAAAAGAGGGAAAAGCUUCAAGGCCGUAGGGGAGUCUUUACCAUCCACUGAGCUACACGACAGUGAGGCAACAAAAGCAAACUCACAAAACAGAGACAGAAAGUCUGGGAGAGGAAAGAAGAAUCAAAAACCCCUUCAGGUGCCGGUGAUUAGAGUGGAUGAUUGUCCUCAGAACACCCAAGUGAGCUCAGAGCCUGCAGAGAUCAAUGUCUGGGAUGAGCAAGACAAACACAGCAAGAACUGGCUCACUGUGUCUAAUUUCAGUCAGCUAAGUUUGGAACAUCUCAGUUACAUGCACCAGAAAAUGAAAAACCAAGACAUCGGUAGGCAUACGAUACCAUUCUGUGAUUACCUGAGGCAUUCUCGAGAGGAUUUGAGUAAUAGCAUAUUUGGAACCAAGAAAAGUAAUCUGAACAGGAACACCUUGUUGAGAGCUUCAGAGGAAACUGAUAAUAUCUUCACCUGCUUGAAAACAUCUCAAGAUCUGCAUCAUCACUACUCAGGUGCUUCUGAGCCUGACGAGACAGGCAGUGAGGGCAACUGGGGCCAAUACGUUUCAUUGGCGCUGUCUGUUGAAAGAAACAACUUAAUGAGACUUGCUCAGACCAUACCGUUUACACCUGUCCAGCUCUUUGCUGGAGAGGAAGUGACGGUCUAUCGAUUAGAAGAAAGUUCACCUAUGAACCUUGAUAAAAGCAUGUCUUCCUGGUCCCAGCGUGGUAUGGCUGCAAUGAUCCAAGUCUUGUCACAGGAGGAGAUGGAUGGGGGUCUGCGGAGGGCCAUGAAGGUCAUUUGUACUUGGUCUGAGAAUGAUAUAUUAAAGCUGGGACAAGUAUUUAUUGUGAAGUCUUUUCUGCCAGAGGUGGUUCAGACUUGGCAAAAGAUCUUUCAUGAUGGCACGGUGUUACAUCUCUGCCUGAGGGAGAUACAACAGCAAAGGGCUGCCCAGAAAUUAAUCUAUACCUUCAAUCAAGUGAAGCCUCAUACUAUUCCCUAUACUCCAAGAUUCCUGGAAGUUUUCCUCAUCUACUGCCAUUCGGCAAACCAAUGGCUGACCAUUGAGAAGUACAUGACUGGUGAGUUUCGGAAAUACAACAACAACAAUGGAGACGAGAUUACUCCCAGCAGUUUGCUGGAAGAACUAAUGCUGGCCUUCUCUCACUGGACCUACGUGUACACUCACGGAGAGCUUCUUGUCCUGGAUUUGCAAGGUGUUGGGGAAAACCUCACAGAUCCAUCUGUGAUUAAACCUGAAGACAAAAAAUCUGGAAAGAUGGUAUUUGGACCAGCAAACCUCGGAGAAGGUGCAAUAAGAAACUUCAUCGCAAAGCAUCGUUGUAACUCUUGCUGCAGGAGGCUGAAACUUCCUGAUUUGAGAAGAGGUGACUACGCGCUGGAAAGGGUUGGUCCAGCCUUCGAAAUAGAAACAGAGACAAGCGUCAGAGGAGCUGAUGAUGCAGAUGAGCCUGUGGAGUAUGACACACGGCUGUGAAGCAGUGGCUGUGAGCAGAGCCCAUGUGUUUAUGUGCUCAAGAACCUGUCCCUUGUCACUGCCAUGGGUCAGGCCAAAAGAACAAAACUCAAGUGUCUGAGUGCAGCAUCUGUCUGCCCUUGACAGACCCUGUAGGCAAGGAAUGGAAAAAAAAAAAAUCUUUAUUUAGUCCCCUUCCAUGCUUUUUGUGCUGGUCUUUCUCAUACAGCUCAGUGAAUUCCCAGGAUCAGGUCACCCCUUAGCUGGAUGAACUGUCCCAUCAGUGACUUUUUAAUGUGGAUUAUCAUUCCAAACUGCUUUUUUAGGAAAAUUACCCUGACAAGCAUAUUUCCAAGGGGUAGUGAUCUGAUGUUUUUCUCUCUGCUCUUUAAUAAAUACUUGAGUGUUUACAUGCAUGCAAAUCAUUAAUUUUCAGAGACAGAGCUCCUGCUCACUUUUCCCUGGGCAUAGGAGGCUCUCCAGGAAAUUGCAGAAACGUUAUUUUCUCUUUAUUGUUGAUCUUGAUGCAGAGACAAACCAAGAAUGUAUGAGGAAUGAAUUGGUGUUUUAAACAAUAGUCACUGAUAUAGCAGGUAGGUGGAAAAAUUUAAUGGGAGCUUCACCUUGAAUUCUUUUAACAUAUCAAGAACAAGUUGAACAAUGAAGGGUUAGAUUAUCGGACACACAAGCAUCAUUGACCUUUCUCAUUCUAAGUUGAUGAAAUCGAUGAAUUUAUGAUCUUUAAUAUAAACAAAGAAUCACCUUGUACAUGAUUCAACUUUUAACCAGGACCUGCCUGCCUUUAUAAUAUUUUAGUUUCAGAAUGUUUUAAAGUUGUAACUGGCAACAAAGGUUUUCAAAGUCACUAAGAAUUAUAUGUUCCAUUUGGUAUUUAACUUCUUGUUGUCAGUGUCAGACUGUACAUAGGACUAACAGUGGUGCAAUUACAUGUAUGCAUUUGCAGCAUCAGCAUGCAUUUCUUUUGAUGUCAUCUGAUCUCAAUAGAAGUUCACAAAACACAAAAAUCUAUUAUGUGCAAUAUGAUUUUUGUAGAAUAAAGAUUGAAAUGAAGUGCUCAGCAGAAAUAUCUCUAA